AUGACCCUGGACGUCUUGCCUGGAGAGUCGCGUGGAUACUGGAAGUACCUCGCACCAGACAAACGUUUCAAGCAAGCAAAAGCAAUGGGGAAGAUCAACAACGAGAAGGCGCUCUUGUUGUUGGAUAGCGGCGCCGAGACACUAGAGUGUGAAGGUGUUGGAAAUUCUCCGUAUGCAAUGCAAGGACGUACACGAAUCAAGAUCACAUUGGCUGGAAACUUGGUGUAUUUGUUCGACGUCUGGGUGGGCCCGCCGACUGGUGGUCAAGAUCUGAUCCUAGGCAUGGACUUCAUGGUCCCUGCAGGGAUUCGGCUCGAUCUUGCAGACGGCACGUAUUGCCUCCCUGACGAAGUUCGGAUACAUAUGUAUGGACGGCGGCCGCCCUACGGAGAGAAGAUCGACAAGAUCGAGGUCCGUGAAACCCGUAGAAUUGGUCCUUGGCGAUCAGCUGAGAUACCGCUACGCCAGCGAUCUUGCGAUCUCAUGAAGCUGUGGGUUACGCGAGGCGACCGCUGGGUCCCUACCUUCGUGCUGGGUCCGGGCAAGAAGUGUUAUCUGAAGAUCACCAAUGUUAGUGACCGUGUAACGCUACGCGCACUGGCAAAAUCUGGCGUAUCAGCUGCGGCUGACGAGAUUGACGACGCGCCCGAGGUGAUAGCCCUACCAGGACCCGCUGUAGAACAACCGUCAUACGCCACGCCGACCAGAAUUCUGCCCAGACCAAAAGCGACCUCUCCUGGAUCGAUGGCGACCUCGCCCGAGUCGCCGAAACCUCUCCCUAGUAUGGGGAAGACUAUAUCCGCGGUGACGAUCGACGCGAAGAGACGAGUUUCGGUCAAGAUCGACGUGCAAAGACAAGUUAUGACCAAGAUCGACGGAUGUGUGUUGAGCAAGAUCGACAAAAAGGCACAUGCGCUAGACAAGAUCUUCAGGUGGAGGCAGAGACAUUUUGGACCCAAGGUAGACAAGCUUGUGGACGUGUGUGAUGAGUGGAAUUUGUCCAUCAGCGUGGCGAAGAGUGUCUGGGGACGGCACAAGGUCGACUAUCUUGGCCAUUCUGUUUCCGCAGACGGACUUGAAGCCACGCCGAAGGACCUGGCGGUCAGGACUUUCGAAACGCUGAAGGCCAGGAUCGCGACCGGGCUUAUUAUUCGGCAUAUUGACUCCGACAAACAGCCCGUCGUGGUUGGGUACGCCACUAGCUUCACCCCACUUGCCGAGAUGGACGCGAUCUUGACGUCGAUUGCACCAAGAAAUCAGCCGAGACAGAAAGUCAUGGAGCAGUUGCGAUUUUGGCCAGAACAUGAAUUUCCCCAUGUGAAAAGAGACUGGAACCAAAGUGCUGACAGCCUCGCUCGUGCGGCAUUGCAAAAGGGAGAAGGCUCCGUGACCAUGUCUGGGGUUGGGAGUAACGAUUUGAUAAUGCUCAACCGCCUGCCGGAGUUGUUGGUCCCUCGAUCUGACGAGGCAGUGACCAAGAUCGCAGCCGUCGCAAGAUCGUACCGGCGACGCAGGGCUAAAGUGCUACAGGAAGCCGUUGUACAGCGGAUACGGAUGGAUCGAAUUGUUCGAGCCCUAGCGUCGGACGCUAAAACUUGUGCCAAGAUCGCAGAAGACUACGAGAUCGACGAGGCCGGCCUACUCUUCUACUGUCCUCCAUCCAAACGAGCUGAUGAAGAUCGCGACCUCGUGAUGAGGUUAGUGGUACCAGAAUCGUUACAAAACGACUUUCUUCACCACUACCACACCAGCCUGAAGGGUGGGCACCAAGGUAUCGGAAGAACCUACCAGCGCAUUCGGGCACACUUUCACUGGAGAGGGUUAUACCAGAGUGUCCAGCUCUAUGUGGGACAGUGUGUAGAGUGCGAGACUGGGAAAGGAAGGCCGACGAUCCAAGGUGAAUCACCUGGUAAUCUUCAAGCUACCUACCGUUUCCAGAUUAUUGCUAUGGACCAUGUUCCGUCGAUGUUUAAGUCGUACAAGGACAACACGGAGUUGCUGAUCUGGGUGGAUCUCUUCACAGGGUUCGUGGUCGCUGACAUCCUGGUAUAA